CACUGUCUAAAGUGUCUGCUGCCUCUUGAAACUGAAAAGCUUUGAGCACUUGAGAGAGAGAGAGAGAUAGAUGGAAACGAUGCGAAUCUCAGGCGGAGCUGAGAAUCUGGUGAAAUGCAACUCCUUGUCGAGCCUCGUCACUAGCCGUCGUUGGAGAACGAAGAACUUUCCGGCGAGGAUCAGAACUCCCCGGCGACUUUUAACGGUGAAGUCUCUCUCCAGCGAGCCGAAAGCUUUAGUAGUAGUAACUGAUCCCGAACAAGAAGCUUUUAGCUCGGUAGCAUCUAACAUCAAGCACCACUCUGAGUUCACGCCUCUGUUCUCUCCGGACAAGUUCGAGUUGCCUAAGGCUUUCUUCGCCACCGCACAGAGUGUUAGGGACGCUCUUAUCCUUAACUGGAACGCUACUUACGAGUGUUACAACAGAGUGAAUCCCAAGCAGGCUUACUAUCUCUCUAUGGAGUUCUUGCAGGGUAGAGCCUUGUCGAAUGCAGUUGGUAACCUUGGUCUUACUGGUGCUUAUGCUGAAGCUUUGAAGAGUCUUGGCUUUAAUUUGGAGAGCGUAGCUGGUCAGGAGCCUGAUCCUGCACUUGGGAACGGUGGACUCGGGAGACUCGCCUCCUGCUUUUUGGAUUCCUUGGCUACUUUGAACUAUCCGGCGUGGGGUUAUGGACUUAGGUACAAGUACGGCUUGUUCAAACAGAUUAUCACUAAAGAUGGACAGGAGGAAGCUGCUGAAGACUGGCUUGAGCUAAGCAAUCCUUGGGAGAUAGUAAGAAACGAUGUCUCGUAUCCUGUAAAGUUCUAUGGAAAAGUGGUUUUUGGAUCAGAUGGUAAGAAACGGUGGAUUGGUGGAGAAGACGUUCUGGCCGUUGCUUAUGAUGUUCCUAUCCCUGGCUACAAAACCAAGACUACUAUCAAUCUACGGCUCUGGUCGACGAAAGCCCCUUCAGCAGAUUUUGAUCUGUCUUCGUAUAACUCUGGCAAGCAUACUGAGGCAGCAGAAGCUCUGUUCAACGCUGAAAAGAUUUGCUACGUGCUUUAUCCUGGAGAUGAGUCAGAUGAAGGAAAGGCUCUUCGUCUGAAGCAACAGUACACUCUGUGCUCAGCCUCGCUUCAAGAUAUCGUAGCACGUUUUGAGACAAGGUGGUCUGGAGGAGGAAGCGUCAACUGGGAAGAGUUUCCAGAGAAGGUUGCGGUGCAGAUGAAUGACACUCACCCAACCCUAUGCAUUCCUGAGCUUAUGAGGAUUCUAAUGGAUUUUAAAGGACUAAGCUGGGAGGACGCUUGGAGAAUCACACAGAGGACUGUGGCAUACACAAACCAUACAGUAUUGCCUGAGGCUUUGGAGAAGUGGAGUUUAGGACUAUUGGAGAAAUUGCUCCCUCGUCAUGUGGAGAUUAUCGAAAAGAUUGAUGAGGAGCUAGUGGGCACGAUUGUUUCUGAGUAUGGCACCGCAGAUCCUGACUUGCUCAAGGAGAAACUGAAGGCAAUGAGGAUCCUAGAAAACGUCGAGUUGCCUUCUGCCUUUGCAGAUGUGAUUGUCAAGCCAAAGAACACACCAGUUACUGCAGAAAACACCAUAGACCGGACCAAAGAUUCUAAAGAAGAUGCUCAAACUAUGGUGAAGAAGGAAGAAGAAGAAGAAGAGGAAGAAACUGCUGGUGUAAAAGCGGAAGUUAUCCCAGAACCACCAAAGAUGGUCCGUAUGGCCAACCUCGCUGUUGUUGGUGGUCAUGCUGUAAAUGGCGUUGCAGAGAUACACAGUGAAAUAGUGAAAACUGAUGUUUUUAGUGAUUUCGUUAAGUUGUGGCCGGAUAAAUUCCAGAACAAAACCAACGGAGUAACACCAAGGCGAUGGAUUCGUUUUUGCAACCCUUAUCUCAGUGAGAUUAUAACUAACUGGAUAGGUACUGAAGACUGGGUCUUGAAUACUGAAAAGCUUUCAGAGCUAAGAAAGUUUGCAGAUGAUGAAGAUCUCCAAUCUGAGUGGAGAGCAGCAAAGAAGAAGAACAAGUUGAAGGUUGUGUCAUUAAUCAAGGAAAGAACCGGAUAUACUGUCAACCCGGAUGCAAUGUUCGAUAUUCAGAUCAAGCGUAUCCACGAGUACAAGCGACAACUGCUUAACAUCUUGGGAAUAGUAUACCGCUACAAAAAGAUGAAGGAAAUGAGGGCAAGUGAGAGGGAGAAGGCAUUUGUUCCAAGAGUUUGCAUAUUUGGGGGGAAAGCAUUCGCCACGUAUGUGCAAGCUAAGAGGAUUGUGAAAUUCAUCACAGAUGUUGGGGCUACAAUUAACCAUGAUCCGGAAAUAGGUGACCUGCUUAAGGUUAUCUUUGUUCCUGAUUACAAUGUCAGUGUUGCUGAAUUGCUCAUUCCAGCAAGCGAGCUUUCUCAGCACAUCAGUACCGCUGGGAUGGAAGCGAGCGGGACAAGCAACAUGAAGUUUUCUAUGAACGGUUGCAUUUUGAUCGGAACUUUGGAUGGAGCAAAUGUGGAGAUCAGAGAAGAAGUUGGUGAAGAAAACUUCUUCCUCUUUGGUGCCAAAGCUGAUGAGAUUGCAGACCUCAGGAAAGAGAGAGCAGAGGGAAAGUUUGUUCCACAUCCUAGUUUUGAAGAAGUGAAGCAAUUCGUUAGAAGCGGUGUCUUUGGCUCAAACAAGUACGAUGAACUGAUUGGCUCUUUGGAAGGAAACGAAGGUUUCGGACGAGCGGAUUACUUCCUUGUUGGCAAAGACUUUCCUAGCUACGUUGAAUGCCAAGAGAAAGUUGACGAGGCAUACAGGGACCAGAAAAGAUGGACGAGAAUGUCAAUCUUGAACACAGCAGGUUCAUCCAAGUUCAGCAGUGAUAGGACGAUCCAUGAAUAUGCCAAAGAUAUAUGGAAUAUUAAGCAAGUUGAACUUCCAUGAGCCUUGACUAGUCUACCUUAAGAGCUCUUUUGUAUAAUGUUUUUUCCACUUGUCAAGUUUCCAGUGUCUCCAGAUAAAUAAGAGAAUCAUUAUGUAAUGAUAUCCAAUACAAUGAAUGUAAGAAGUAAGAUUCAUGGAGUC